AUGAAUGAACUUGAUGAAUCUUUGGAUAGUUUGGAAGAAAAAAGAAACUAUCAUAUUGAACAGCUGAAAUUAGUUGAAGAUCAAUUAACCAUUAGUGAUAAUGAAAAUAAUAAUAUAUUAAUGAAAUUAAGAGAUGAUCUCAUUGAGAUAAUAAAUUUGACCAAUGACUUGAUUAAAUAUAAGUCUAGUGUAGAAUUAAAUAAAUCAACAAAUAUAUCUGCAAUAGUGCCUACAAAUAAUGAAAAUACAAAUGAGGUUGCAAAAACUGAGAUACAUUCAAAUUUACCAUUAACUAAAUCCAUUAAAUUAGAAGAUUCUUUUAACCAUAUCUUACCAUCUAUAAUAGAUGUUAAUGGGAAGUCUUUUAAUAUAGGUAGAACUGUAGAGUUAAAUUCGACAGAUAAUUAUAGAAAAUAUGCAAAAAUUGAAUCAGAAUCGGGGACAGGUUAUAAAGUAUGCUUAUUUGGUAGUAAUAAAACUAUUGAAAUAUCUAAGGGGAAAGUCCACUUAUUACCUGAAUUGACCAAUUUAAAGAAAGAUGAUGAUGCAGAAGCACUAUAUAGUUAUGAUGGAUGUUGGUAUGCUUGUAAAAUUAAAGAUGUAAGACAAAAUGGAUAUCUUAUUGAAUAUUCUGGAUAUGAAGAAGAUGAUAUAAUUCCAUUUGAUAGAAUCCGUAUACCAAGGAGAUCUGAUAAAGUACUUGAUAAUGAAUCUAAAAUCCCAAAUAUAAUUACUCCAGCUGGAUAUAAAGUCCCAGAGAAUUUGAUCAUUAAACCUACUGACUCAGAAAAAGUGAAAUUUGAUAAAAGAAGAAAAAUGUCCGCAAUUAAGAAGCAACAACGUAGUGACUUCAUUGAAUCUCGUGCCAUUAAAAGACAAGACUCAUGGAAAAAACACAUAAAUUCUGUUAACAAGGUACCAAUAUUUAAUAAGAUAUUAUCAAAUUAUAAAUAA